AAUAAUUGACAUUUGAUCAAAAGCUUAAAGCCUUGAAAUUUGCAAACAACCACAACUUAUUAGGGAGGAAAAAAAAAUGGAAGAGCAAGUGAAAUUGUUUGGAGCUUUUCCAAGUCCCUUUAGUCAUAGGAUCAUUUGGGCUUUGAAACACAAAAAUAUUAGUUAUGAAUACAUAGAAGAAGAUCUUUCUAACAAAAGCCAACAUCUUUUGACAUAUAACCCUAUCUAUAAGAUGAUCCCAAUUCUUGUACAUAAUGAAAAACCAAUAGUUGAAUCAACAAUCAUUCUUGAAUACAUUGAAGAAACAUGGCCCCAAAAUCCUUUGUUCCCAAAGGAUCCUUAUGAAAAGGCUAAGGCUAGAUUCUGGAUCAAGUUCGGAGAAGAUAAGAACUCAGAAUUUCAUCAAAUAUUUCACAAGAUUGGAGAAGAGCAAGUCAAGGCAACUGAAAAUGCCAAAAAAAUCCUAAAAAUUAUAGAGGAACAAGGUCUUGGAGAUAAAAAGUUUUUUAGUGGGGAUACGAUUGGUUUAAUUGACAUAGCCUUUGGGUGGCUUGCUUUCUGGCUAGAAGUCAUACAAGAAGCUGCUGGAGUAAAGGUCUAUGAACCAAACAAUUUUCCUCAUUUACAAUCUUGGAUUAACAAUUUCAAACAAGUAGCUAUCAUCAAAGAAAAUAUCCCAAAUCGAAAUGCAAUGCUAGAUUAUUUCAAACUUCGUAGAGAUAUGAUUGUUGCAUUAUGAUCACUUCAAUGUUGAUGAUGGCUUUAUAUAUAUUGAAUAAGAUGUAGUUUGGUUAUGUGGUGUUACGAACAGAAGGAAUACAUGUACAAUAUUAAAUUUACUCUUACUUUAGUAUCAUU